AUGUCGGCCUUGAACAAUCGGGGUAGCAACAGCAGCAGUAGCUGCACCAGUAGUGGAGCGGCUGCUGGAGACCAGAGCAAGCCACUGGGAACACGCCGCGUCAAGGAGAAAGAGCGGAAAUCAGGAACUGCGCUUCACGCCGCAUGUUACAAUGGUCAUCUGUCCACGGUCAAGCUCUUAGCUGACCGCAUGGACAACAUUAAUGUCACGGCCUCGGAUGAUGGCGACACGCCCCUGCAUCGCGCAUGCCGUAACGGCUCCAUCCCAUGCGCACAAGCGCUGGUGGAGCGACACGCAGAUGUAAACGCCAUCAACUACUCCACGCACACGCCGCUGCAUAUCGCAUUUGAGGGCGCCCACAUUGAACUUGCCCAGUACCUGUACAGCGUAGGCGCACGUGGCUGUUGCGGCACGUGCCCCAAAUGCAAGCGCACCAUGAAACUGCUGCGCCGCAAGAUGUCAAGGCAGCAGAAGCAGGGGCGGAGACAAAGCGGGAACACUGAGCCCCAGCCAGAGAGCAAUUCACAGUCCCAUAAGAACCAGCAGCAACAAAACUACCAGCAGCACCAAAACCAAGUACAGCAGCCACAGCAGCCACAGCAGCUCGCUCACAAACAGCAACGACAACCUCAACAGCCACAACUCGCUGGGAACCGUCAUCACAGUGCCAGCCCAAGGUCACCACCACCACCAUCACAACCACCAGCUUCACGCGAGGAGACGGGGCCCUUCGGUCGCGUGCUUGCCGAGGAGUUUGGUAACGUGCACUUGGCAGCGGAAAUUGAACGCAUGAGGCGUGAAUUCAAUGCCCGCUUUCCUCCACCAUCUGCACCAUCGAGCCCCACGCCCCACGCCAGCGCCGCCACCAACGCCGGCACGAGCGUGGUGUUCCCUCCACCGGCUGCUGUGCCCCGUCCACGUGGCAUGCCCACAAGGUCAACCACCAGCAGCACGAGCGCCUACAGCGACGACGGUGGCGGUGGCGACGCCUUGAUCGGGUCCACCAACGCCUUUGCUCGCUUUGGCAUGCUUGGUGGCAUGUCGAGAGAUGGUGGUGGCAGUGGCAGCACCAACAGCACCAACACCAUCACAAACACCCCAAACAACAGCGAUGGCAGUGGCGGCGGUGGCGAUCUUGUGUCACGGAUGUGGCAGAGUGUGUUUGGUGAUGCUGGUGGGCAGCGCGUGGAAGGUGACGCCUAUGAGACGGCGGGCGAUUACGGCGAUUACGAGGAGAUUGAUGAUGACCUGGAGAGCAUUGAUGAUGACGAUGAUGACGAUGAUGACGAAGAAGCAGGCGACAACGAUGAUGGCAUGAACGUGCAAGAAGAUGCAGAGGACGAGGACGAAGAGGACGAAGAAGAUGAGGACGAGGAUGAAGAUGAAGUGGGCAUGGGCCAGCCUGAGGAGUUGGAUGAUGAGGUGGACGAGCAUGUGGGCCAGAAUGGUGUUGAGAGUGGGGACGAAGAACGAGAAGAGCAUCAACAACAAGAAGUUGAUGAAAAGGCUGCUACUGCUGUAACAGACACGAACAAGGACGUUGACACCCAGCCGUCACAACAACAACAACAACAACAACAACAACAACAACAACAACAACAACAACAACAACAACAACAACAACAACAACAACAACAACAACAACAACAACAACAACAACAACAGCAACAACAACAACAACAACAACAACAGCAACAACAACAACAACAACAGCAGCAACAACAACAACAACAACAACAACAACAACAACAACAACAACAACAGCAACAACAACAACAACAACAACAACAACAACAACAACAACAACAACAACAACAACAACAACAUAAGCAGCAAGGGCGGUCGCGGCGCCAGGGUUUGAAGAAGAACAAGGCGGGUUCGUCUGGGAAGCGUGCACCAAAGGCAUCCAAGCAGCGGGGCAGGCAGGCAAAGCAAGGCAGCCAAGUGCGCAGGAAAUCGCAGCAGCAGGACAAGAAGAAGCUCGAGCGGCAACAGCGCAGACAAGAGGAACGCAAACGCGGCAAAGAGGCGCUGCGUGCUGCUGCUGCUGCUGCCGCCGCCGCCGCCAACACGCCGUCGUCUUCAUCGCCGUCUUCCUCGUCAGCAACCGCCGCUGUGUCGACGACAACGGCCACCACCCCAACCGCCGCAACGGCGCCCAAGCUGCGAGAACGCAGCACCAAGGAUGGGAAGAUGAUGUGUCUGGAAGUGCCCAUUGCUGGCCUCGACACCACCAAGCGCGCUGCUGUAGUCGACACGAUCAUGUCGUAUCUGUCGCACUCGAACGACGGUGCUGGGAUGGCCAUUACUGUCGACAACGAUUCGCCACUGCACGACGUGUUGGAUGCAGCCAGCAGGACGCACCCCGAGCAAGUGCAGCGCGUGAGCUCCUCAUCGGCGUCAAAAUCAUCACCGCCACCGCCAGUAUUGCCGUCCUCGUCAUCUCCAUCUCCUCAGCAAACACAAGCGCACACGCCGCAGCACACGUCCCCACCGUCUACCUCGUCAUCGUCAUCGCUGUCAUCAUUGUCGUCGUCAUCGCCACCCGCAGCAUCCUCCUCCUCGCCGCCACCACUUCCACCAACGCCGAGCAACAUGACAACAGCUGCCACCACCACCAUUACCGCACCCAUCACCGCCGCUGUCCAAGGUGUGCACGCAACAGCAGACAAAGCUUCCGUGCAGCGCAUGAACGCCACGUUGCGGCGGGAGCUGUCACCAACGGAGCUUGCAACGCUGCUUCGCCUGCGCAGCAACACGGGCCCAACGGGGGAGAAGGAAGAGGACCUGCGGGCAUUGCGGGACAAGCUCAGGGUCAUUUUGGAGCGCCCAGACAUGGCGCCGCUGAAGGAGAAAGUGAACAUGAUCACGCGCACCAUCUCGGGGCUGCAGCGCCAGCAGGUGGAGCAUGCGGAGGACCAGCACACGCAGGCAGCGGGCGAUGAUGCAGCGGGGACGGCCAUGCAGACAAGGCGUGGGCAACGGUGGAAGGGGGGAAGAGGCAUCGAGCGUGGUGUGCGUGCUGAUGAGGAAUCAGACCGUCGCACCCCGGCGUCAAGCGGGAUGUCCCUUGCAGACGCCAGUUUCCCACCUCUCGGGGCAUUAGUUGUGCCGCAGCCGCCACCGUCCAAGCUGGCAAGGCACGUUCCUGGGCAGCAAAGCCGAGGCGGUGACCAAGAUGGUGGCGAUGACGCCUACGAUGACGAUGAUGAUGAUGAUGAUGAUGAUGAUGAUGAUGAUGAUGAUGAUGAUGAUGAUGAUGAUGAUGAUGAUGAUAAGGACAAAGAGGAGGAGGCACAAGAAAUUGAUGACAAUGACAAAGAUGAGAAAGGAGCACAUUCAACAGACAAUUCGGAGGGACACGGUGCUGAAAGUCAAGCCAGCAACGAAGCCGCGCCCACUAAGCCAUCUCCCAACCAACCCACUGUUCGCCAGAUUGCAUUUGCUGCGCACAAGCAAUCUGGCGUGUCGGAGCAGCUGCUGCAGGUUGUGGGUUCACAGCUGGAGGGAGCUGCCCUGUUCUUGUGUCAAUCGCUGGCCGAUGACGAGCACGGCGUACAACUUGCAGACGUCAUCAUUGACCUCCCGAAGAAGACGCUGCCACUUGCCGUCGGCUCCGAGGUCACCCGCACCCACCUUGCCAUUGUCAUUGUCGUGGCCGUCAUCACCUCACUGUUCCGCUACCCCGAGCGCAUCCCUGCCCCAACGGACGAGAGCCUUGAGUACGUGGGCAUUUUGUUCACGGCGCUCAACAAGUUGUGGGGACAGCAGGCCAAGUUGCUGGAAUGCUUCAUAAUCGCCAUGCAAUCGCGCGAAGCAACAGACCGCAUGUGCACGCUUGCACGCUUCCUUGGCAUGUGGUAUCGACGCUUGUCGUGCGUCACGCCAGACCCUGGCGGGGACGUGAACAAGGAUGAGCAGCUGCACAAGAUCAUGCGCUCUGCUGCCACCGGCCUGCCCAGGGCCGUGUUUUUGUUCUUCCUUCGCCAAGCCAUGGUUGAGAACGACAAAUGA